UCCGCAGCCAGUCCUGCGGCUCGGGUCGGCUCGGCUCAGAGCGGCUCGGCUCGGCUCGCCAUGGUGCAGCUCGGGGGCGGCCGCGGAGCCCCACCACAGGCCCCAGCCGCUCCACCGGCUUUCAGCAUCGACAGUAUCCUGCAGCCCGGCCCCCGGCGCCCGGCCCGGGAGCAGGGCAGAGCCCGCUGCGUGCUGCCGGAGGAGGAGGAGGAUGAGGAGGAGGAAGAUGAAGAAGAAGGGCCUGCGGAGCGAGACCCCAAUAAAGCCUCCAGCGACUCGGGCAGCGUGACGCUGUGCUUUGCCGUUGCAGGCAGCGAGCCCCGCCGGCUGCGGGCAGAGGGGUCGGGCCUUGGGCUCCGUCCGGGGACAGACGGCAUCGUCGCGUUGUCGCCGCUCCCCGCGGAGGGACCGCGCGGUCCCCGGCAGCCGUCGCCGAGGGAUGCCGGGGGUUGCGGCGGGGAGAGCGGCAGGUCGCUGGCGGUGGGAGGCAAGAAGAAGACGAGGACCAUCUUCUCCAAGAGCCAGGUCUUCCAGCUGGAGUCCACCUUCGACGUGAAGCGCUACCUGAGCAGUGCCGAGCGGGCCGGGCUGGCGGCCGCGCUGCACCUCACCGAAACCCAGGUGAAGAUCUGGUUCCAGAACCGGCGCAACAAGCUCAAGAGACAGAUGUCGGCCGAGCCCGAGGCUCCGGGGCCAGGGCCGGGGCAAGCGGAGCAUCCCCGGGAACCGCCACCCCUGGCUGCCUCCGCAGCUGUGUCCCUGCCGGCCCUUUACAAGGACAGCACCCUGCUCAGUCGCUGCCUGCUGCCUUUCCCCUUCCCUCUGCUCUACCCGGGCAGCGCCAUCCCUUACCUCUGCCUCCCCGGCCCGGGCAAACACUUCAGCUUGCUGGAUGGGGACGUAUAGCCUCGCCCCCCGGCUUCCCCCUUUCCCUUUGCCGGGGGCGGCACCAAUGGCAUUUAUGCCCCAGUCCGAUCUGUGGUGGGGUGUCAGCCUUCUCCCCGAUCCGUGGCAUCCGCUCCCCUUCCCACGGAGGGGAUGUCCGGGCUGCCCCCGCGUGUCCGUGGACAGCCCACACGUUGUCAGAGCUCUCGCAGUGCUCUUCCUCUGGGCAGGAUGGAGGAGAGAACGGAGGUGCCAAAGAAACCGGGCUAUGUUCUGCCUCCCUCCCUCCGAAAUUAUCCCGUGCCCGGUAUUUCAGGGGAGCCGAUGCCCUGCCUCGGCCCAUGUGGACGGUGCACUGAGGACGGUCCAUUCCUGUCCCUGAGACCUGGCAGUCCCGAUCAGUACAGCCUGCUCAGCCCCGAGGCUGCCAUUGGCUCCCCUCUCAGACUCUAAUAUCCCUCCGAUUAACUUCUCCCCAUUUUUGACAUGAUCAAUAUAUACACACCUUUCUAAAUCUGGUUCGCAAACUGUGGCUUCUCAAAUCCCCCCCCUACACCCCCCCCAACAAAACAAUCCCUCUUCAUAUUUUAUUUUAUUUUAUUUUAUUUUAUUUUAUUUUAUUUUAUUUUAUUUUAUUAUUUUAUUUUAUUUUUUGUUAACUGGUUCUCAAUUCGUGGCCUGUCUGAUGUUUCUGCAGAACAAGACAAGCUCCCUCUCAUACUCCUUGUGCUAACCCUGCUUCUCUGCUCCCCGAAAGCUCAUGGGAUAAUUUUAUCUGCUACCCUAGAGUAACAAAAUGCUUUUUAUCACCCCCCAUAGAUUUCCAAACGCAUUUGUAUUCUUUUGGUUUCCGAGUUCACACACUUUAUAUUCAGAGUUGGGAAAUAAAACUUUUCUAUCAGAAAGCUGAAAUGCAUGCCUUUUCAAUACAGUCGCUACUAGGCAUUGCCAAAAGAAAGACGUUUCCUAGACGUUUUUAUUUUUAAAAUAAAAAUUAAAAAUACAACUGUCGUAUUACGAAAUUCACCAGUGCGUGCGAAAACGGGCGAAUUAUCGCGUUUCCAAGUGAGGAAAAAAAGAAAAAGAAAAAGA